AAGCAGCCCAGACACCUAUAGUAAAGAGCUAAAGAGCAUGGGCCGACGGCGACGUUAGGUUUCCCCACAUGCACACUCUAACCUAACAAAGCCUGACUAACGACCGGCCCCUACGGUUACUGACCAGCCGAACGGCUCCGCGACCUCGUGUCAUUAGCUCGAAUUGGAGGAGACUGGGAGGCUGAUCUGAAAAGGGACAAGGCCAAUGCCGCUGGCCCGAUGUCUUCCGACGAUCUCAGCAGGGUUGCUGCCGGCCGAGACUCUUGGUCAAGGUACAAGCUCCCUGGUCACGUUCACAAGCUGGCUGAGCAUUGUGCCUAGGUUUUGACGUUUGCCCAAGUCUGACUCUUUCCAAACUUCUUCUUCCCAUUGACUUUCCUUCCACCCUCUUGAUCAGCCAAGACAAAGCUUGGACAGAUUUUUUCCUUUCCAUUUUGCCAGCGCUCCCUUUUCCACGCCCAUUACCGCGAUUCUGUCUAUAGUUUCUUCAGUAUCACGUACACUGUCGUGAGAAGGCAUACUUUCAAGAUGGCUUCCAAAAACAUGGUGAAUCCUGCUGUUGAACCCAGCAUGGAAGACGACCUGUUCGCCAGGGAGGUAGCCCAGGUCAAACAGUGGUGGAGUGAUCCCCGUUGGAGGUACACCAAGCGACCAUUCACUGCCGAACAAAUUGUAUCCAAGCGAGGCAACCUGAAGAUUGAGUAUCCAAGCAACGCACAGUCGAAGAAGCUGUGGAAGAUCCUUGAGGGCCGCUUCCAGAAGCGCGAUGCCAGUUACACCUAUGGCUGCUUGGAGCCGACAAUGGUGACCCAGAUGGCCAAGUACCUAGACACUGUCUAUGUUUCUGGCUGGCAGUCAUCCUCCACAGCUUCGUCCUCUGAUGAGCCGGGCCCAGAUUUGGCAGAUUACCCCUAUACCACCGUCCCGAACAAAGUGUCUCACUUGUUCAUGGCGCAACUGUUCCACGAUCGGAAACAGCGUCAUGAGCGUCUUUCGGCGCCCAAGUCGGAGCGGUCCAAACUUCAGAACAUCGACUACCUGCGGCCCAUUAUUGCCGACGCCGACACUGGUCAUGGAGGUUUAACAGCGGUGAUGAAGCUGACGAAACUCUUCAUCGAGAAGGGAGCAGCUGGUAUCCACAUUGAGGACCAAGCUCCUGGCACAAAGAAGUGCGGACACAUGGCAGGCAAGGUCCUGGUGCCAAUCAGCGAGCACAUCAACCGCUUGGUUGCCAUUCGGGCACAGGCCGACAUUAUGGGCGUCGAUCUGCUCGCAAUUGCCCGUACCGAUGCCGAGGCCGCCACGCUGAUCACCACCAGCAUCGACCCCCGCGACCACGCCUUCAUCCUCGGCUGCACAAAACCAGGUCUGCAGCCGCUUGCCGACCUCAUGAACACUGCAGAGCAGUCCGGGAAGACAGGCGAUCAACUGCAAGCGAUUGAGGAUGAGUGGUUGGCAAAGGCCAACCUGAAGCGCUUCGAUGAUGCGGUUAUCGACGUGAUCAACUCCUCUUCGUCAAUUCGCAACCCGAAGGACGUGGCUGCAAAAUACCUGCAGGCCGCCAAGGGUAAGAGCAACAGGGAAGCCAGAGCCAUUGCAAGCAGCUUGGGGGUUUCCGAAAUCUUCUUCGACUGGGACUCGCCUCGCACGCGUGAGGGAUACUUCCGCAUCAAGGGUGGUUGUGACUGCGCCAUCAACCGUGCCAUUGCCUAUGCGCCAUACGCCGAUGCUAUCUGGAUGGAGAGCAAGCUGCCUGACUACAAGCAGGCAAAGGAGUUUGCCGAGGGGGUGCACGCUGUGUACCCCGAGCAAAAGCUUGCGUACAACCUCUCACCUUCCUUCAACUGGAAGACGGCCAUGCCCAGAGACGAGCAGGAGACGUACAUCCGACGCCUGGCAGGCCUGGGCUACUGCUGGCAGUUCAUCACGCUCGCGGGUCUGCACACGACGGCGCUCAUCAGCGAUCGCUUCGCGCGGGCCUACUCCGAGGUCGGCAUGAGGGCAUAUGGCGAGCUUGUGCAGGAGCCCGAGAUGGAGCUUGGCGUCGACGUCGUCAAGCACCAAAAGUGGAGCGGUGCGACUUAUGUCGACGAGCUGCAAAAGAUGGUGACGGGUGGCGUGAGUAGCACCGCCGCCAUGGGCAAGGGAGUGACAGAAGACCAAUUCCACUGAGGGGCUUUUGUGGUCUGUUCGUAAGGUUUGAGCUGUUUUGAUGUUUGAUGAGAAUGACGGUCAGAUUUCUUGUAGGCAGGAAUUUCCUAUCGAGAGAGGGUAUAUAGUGGAAUUGACUACGGCUUCAAAAGCUGUAAAGAAUUGCUUUUCUUUUUUUUUUUUUUUUUUUUUUUU